UGGUUUUCUGUAAUCGCGCUGAUAAGUAAGAGCAUAGAGCCUCUGCUUUUGUCUCGCUUUUUGUUUAUAAGUGAAACUAUAUAGUAUAUACUUAUUAUAUUAAUAUUUACACUGCUGAUAGGAAGCAUAGGCAACACAGAUGUUCAAGUGUACUCGAUUCGCUGUGCAGUUCAAGGUUUUGGUAAUAAUGGGCAGAACCGUGAGGCCAACUUCUUUGAGUUUGUCUUUCCCACGCUAAACUGCGAAACCAAAUGUGAGAAAAUUUGCAUGGGUCAGGCGGAUUGGGAACGUACGUGCCUCAGUAGCAAAGUGCACGUCGAGAUCUUCCAACAUGGGGCUACCAGCUUGCAUAUGCACCAAAGUUCUCCAGCUGAUUGCCACGGUGGCGGCGCUGAUUGUGAAGAGAUUGUCGGACAAGCACUCGGAAAGGGUGUUCGCCAUCAACAAGAAGCAGUCCAGGGAGUGGACCCUGCUGAACAGCAUCUCCUGGUCGAAGGAGGGCGAUGACUUCGGCACGCUCACCUUCCUGGGAUUCACCUUCAUUGCAGCCGUUCUCCUGCUCACGAGGAUCAUCGAGGGCACCUCGAACUAUGCCACCUGUGAGAUCAUUCUGCUGACCUGCGGAGUUCUGUUCUUCACCAUAGAGGGACUUCUCAUAUUCUUCACUGUGGAGCAGCUUUCCGAGGACCUUCUGACCUAUGCCUAUGCAUUGGGCGCACUUUCCUUCAUCUGCGCAGCACUUUUCGCUCUGGACUUGAUGUUCUUCAAGAACCUGCUGAAGCUAAGGAGCUCCACCGCCCAAACGGAACAGUUGAAGGAAACGGUGGCCCUCAAGGUGUACAAUCUGUCCCAGGAAUCGAAGGCAACCUGCUGCAACAUCGUGCCACAAACUCACAUGGUGAAUGAGAGCAGUAAGAACUAUCUGCGAACCGAUUUGUAGAACCCAGUGAAAGAGCUUGAGAUACAUAUCUGCAUCUGCGUUACCUUUAUUGCCGUAACAUUCGAAUGUAGUGAAACAAAAUAUGCAUUAUAAGAUCGUGCUGCUGAAACAACUAAUUGGACGCGUACUGGUACUCGUACUCGUAUGUUAAUAAAGUUAAUAAAGUUUUCGACAUUAA